AUGGUUUUAGAGCAGGACGAUCAUGCUAUCACAGCUGCUGAAAACCCUUAUGACAGAAUUACGGAGGCAUUGGAAGAAGACCAAACGCAUAUACAUGAACAGACACCACAGCUUAGUGGCGUCUUUUGCCGGACGGGUAACAAUGUUAGAGUAAAUGGUCCAAGUGGAAAGAUACGUCGAAGACAUGAACAGACACCACAGCUUAGUGGCGUCUUUUGCCGGACGGGUAACAAUGUUAGAGUAAAUGGUCCAAGUGGAAAGAUACGUCGAAGACCGGAGUCUACAGUGGUGAUUAAUCUCCGCCUCAUCCUGGUGAGCGGAAAGACGAAAGAGUUCCUCUUCAGCCCCAGUGAGUCAGCAGGGGAUAUAGCACAGUUUGUGUUUGACAACUGGCCAGAAGAAUGGGUAGAUGAAAGCGUCAGUAAGGCAGAAAUCUUACGUCUAAUAUAUCAAGGACGAUUUCUUCAUGGAAAUGUAACGUUAGGGGCUCUGGGCCUUCCUGCUGGCAAGACUUGUGUCAUGCAUCUUGUUCCCAGAGAAAAUCUACCAGAGCCAAACUCUCAAGACCAACGGCAGAAGAGCAAGGGCGGGUCUUCGAGCUGCUGUUCUGCUUCUUGUGCUAUCCUCUAGUGACCUAUGGAACUACCAUCAUUGGCCCAAGUCUCCAAUGAGCACAUUUCUAAGUCACAGCCAUAUUUACCAUCCACUGCCUAUCCAACACCAGUCAGCACCAUCACCUGGAAGGACCCAAUAAUCUGGCUAGAUUAAGGCCAGAAUAACUUGGAUCCAUGUGUCAGGCUCUGGUGACUUGUUAAUGUAGUGUUCUUUUCUUACACCCUGACAAUACACACUAACUUUUACAGCAAGAGUGCAUUUGAAUUUGAAAAAUUGGGUUACUGUGUUACAGUAUUAUAGCACAGUUAAUAUUUAAACUGGUAAUUUAAAAAUGAAGGGAUUGUGUAGUGUUAAUGUGCAAUUAGCAGUUGUAUUGACUGUUGACAGACACUUAUUAUGCUACAUGACCAUUGCUCCAGGUGAUCUUCAUAAAAACCCAAAAGAGGAAUGUGUGUAAGUGCUGUAUAAAGGACUAUUGUAGUAAGCAGGGGUGUUCUUGUGACAGGUCACAUGUUAAAAAGCUCCCUCCAGCUCUCCUCUUUAAUCCCAGAUACCAUGUAUCAGUAAAUCAUUUUGCAACUAGAUAUCCUGUCCUGCAAGUCACAAAUGUUGAAGCUGGUGUGCAAAAGAACAGUUUGUUAGUAUUUUCUGCUUAUUAAUUCAAAGUUACUUUUUUCCUCCAUUUAAGAAUUGACAAGUCUUAGGAACAAAUAUGUAAAGUGAAGGAUGGCAUGAGAAUUAUUCUUGGGGGUGGGUGGGUUAGUCUGUGAUGAACUUCUUCCUUGUUGGCCUCCCAGUUUGAUCGUGGGGACAUGACUGAGGGUAUCAUUUGUUUAAUCCAAGAUAUAAUGAUUCGUGGGAAGAGACAUUUUUGCGGGAAAAUACAUACAGGUGAAAAUAAUGAUGUGUCAUGUUGCAAUAUUGAAUUAUAUACUUCAUGCAGUUUGGAGAGGCGAGUUUCAGAGCUUUCAUCCAGUGACUGAUGAUGGGUUUUUAGGCACUGGUACAAUUCUUGAUUGUACAUAUAUAUAAAUAUAUAUAUGAUAAGCAAAUAAAAGAUUAUGUGAUAUAAAUGAUAAUGUGUAGAUCACUCAUGUAACUGUUUCAUCUGUCCAGACAAUGUUUUAAGGUGGUUGUCUACACCUGUGUUGCUUUGUUUGUUUCUUGCCAAUGUAGAUCAGAUUUCCUCCGGCAUGAUAGAGGGCAUGCUGGUGCUAUGUGGGCAGCAAAAGGGGUCUUGCCUUCUUCUACAACCAGGAAUUUAAUGCGUUUAUAAAUGUCAGUCACUUCUAUUGCUGUGUUAAAUUAGUAAUUGUUUUUAUUUUUCUUGUAAUUCUUACCAUAGCAUGACUUAUCUAACAUGUAUUUGUCAGAGUUAUUGUAAUGACUCCUCAACACUGAUCUUUAAAUUAUGGUAUUGUAGAUAAAGUUAUAAUUUUUAAGAGCAGAAAUUGUUUACAUUAAGACUUCAGAAUAGGUGCUUAACCCAGCAUGCCCCAUGUGACCUGAUGCCUGACCCCUCCAGUCACACAGCUGUUGGUGUGACAGCCACUUUCUUUUAUAACAAACAGUACAGUGAGUAAAGCUUUAGUGUUACACUCCCAGCUUACUGAGCUUUGCUCCACGGUGAUUGAAGCUGCCCACUUAAUCAGUGUUCUCUUUAUUUAGCCAUACUAGAAUUACUAAGCAAUCUAUCUUAUAGAUUAUAGACUGUGUUAAUUCAUACUCCACCUUCCAGCUUCAGUCACAGUGGUAGGUAAAACUCAGCUAAUCAGAAAAAAAAUAUAUAUAUAUGACUAUAAGAGCAAGUUCCAUUAGGAAGAUUUUAUUAAAAGGUGUGUGUGACCUGAAUAUAAUCCUCAUUGUAGAUCUAAGAAAAAUAGUCAUGUAGUUUAUGACUAGAAAAAUCACUUGCAAUCCUACAAUGAGAACAUUUAUCUUAAAAUUUCAUUGUCUCAUUUUUCAGAUAUGAGAAUAUGUGAGUGUUUGCAUGUUUUCUUUCUAAAAAAAAUAUAUAUCUUGGCAUUUACCAUGAAUGUCUUUGUGCUAUACUCAUCAUUUCAUCACAUUUCAUUUCAUAAUAACUCAUACAUUAUGUGCUCAUUUCCAUCAGCAUGUCAGAUAAUAUGAUUGUAAUGUUGCUCAACAUGGUGAGUAGCAUGUGUAUUCCUCAACAUACAUAACAUCUACAGUGUUCCUCAUCCCAAGAAACUCUGCCCUAAUCCCUAUGGUAGCCAGGAGAGAUGUUUACCACCCACACUUAAUUUAAGAUUGAGUUUAAUUUUAUGAUUAUCAUAGCUCAUGAAGCAGUACUAAGCCUGUCAUUGAGAGGGAGGCUCAAGUGAGAGAUGGUAAUGUUGUAGGGCAAUCCUUCAAGUACCUCAGAUAUAAUUGUUUUCUUCAGAUUGUUUAUUUUUUAAUGAUUAUAUUCAUAGGUGAGUGUUAGGAUGGAUGACAGUUUAUUUGAAAAAUAUUUAGCCUUAAGUUUUGAAAUGUUUGGUAGUCAAUUCACUAAUUUCUGUGUUGUGUAAAGGUCAAGUUAGUAUGACAUACUGCCAAGGUCUUACUCAUGAUUAUAUAUUGUGGCAUAAGAAUGAGUGAUUCAUGGGUUAUUCCAGAACUCUGGUCAUGUCAUGGCAUCUUCGUCUCUUGACAAGAAAUAUGCCUCAAAAGGGUCAGAUCUGAAGCCUGAUAAUUUAUAGAACUCAUAAAUCACUUUUAACAAAUUAUGCUUUGUAUCUAUACCAAUAGAAGAAAGGGGCAACAAUUUAUUUCUUGGAGGGUUAGUUCACUUUGUGCUCUAGUAACCAGUUACCAUUUUUGAAUUGCAUUAAUGUUUUACCGUAUAUACUCUAGUAUAUGUCGAGGUUUUAAGACCAAAUUUUUGGCAAAAAGUAGGGGGUUGACUUAUUCAUGGGAAAUACUUUUGAUGGGUUUGAAUCAUUAUAUGUUGUGGGCUAACCACACAGUAUAUUCCUACAUCUUUGCUGCAUCAAAGGUAAACCCACACUCGGUAAUUAUACUUCACUGAAAAAGACAAAUAAAUUUGAUAAUAUCCAG